UUAUCACACAAAGAUACACACACACACACCGAGCUCAGGAAGGAGCAGCGGCAUUCUAUCUCAUCUGAUCUGUUGGAAACAUCAAGAUGGGUAUCUCUCGUGACUCUAUGCACAAAAGGCGUGCCACUGGUGGCAAAAAGAAGGCCUGGAGAAAGAAGCGAAAGUAUGAGUUGGGAAGACAGCCAGCAAACACUAAAAUUUCUAGCAACAAGACUGUUAGAAGGGUCCGAGUUCGUGGUGGUAAUGUUAAGUGGCGUGCAUUGAGGUUGGACACAGGUAACUUCUCAUGGGGUAGUGAGGCUGUUACCCGGAAGACCCGUAUCUUGGAUGUGGUCUACAAUGCUUCAAACAAUGAGUUGGUCAGGACUCAGACUCUAGUGAAGAGUGCCAUUGUUCAGGUUGAUGCUGCACCCUUUAAACAAUGGUAUCUUCAACACUAUGGUGUUGAUAUCGGCCGCAAGAAAAAAGCUCCAGUCACUGCUACCAAGAAAGAGGGAGAGGAAGUAGACGGAGCUACAGAAGAGGAAAAGAAGAGUAAUCAUGUUGUGAGGAAAUUGGAGAAACGCCAAGAAGAUCGCAAACUUGAUGCUCAUGUUGAAGAGCAGUUUUCAAGUGGAAGGCUUUUGGCAGCUAUUUCUUCACGCCCAGGCCAGUGCGGUCGUGCUGAUGGAUACAUCUUGGAGGGCAAGGAGCUUGAGUUCUACAUGAAGAAGCUCCAGAAGAAGAAAGGGAAGGGUGCUGCUUAAAGUUUUCUAGCUCAUCGAGUCAAGAAUCUAUAGAUUUUUCUUUCUUUUUCAAGGCAUGGAACCAAAAUUUUGAUGUAUUUGUUCGUUAAGCUAUGUUUAUGAAUGCACAAGGUUUUUUAAGCUUUAA